AUGUCUGUCCGGUUUGGACAUCUGCUCUCGCGCAAUCUUCAGCGAUGUGCUGUACGAUCGCCGGUUAAUUCUACACUGGCGAGACAGUCUCUUAGAAGGCUUCCAAUUGCUCCUCUUCUGACUACCAGAGCUUUUCACUUCACACCUCAGUUCCGCGUUCCAGCUGGCGCUGCUGCCAAUGCCGGGAUUGAAGCUGAAGACGUUCGAGAGGAUGAAUUGAUCACGGAAUUCGCGGAGCUGGGAGAGAAGGGCGUGGUCGACCAGAGAUUAAUCGAUGCUAUUACCAAAGGAAUGGGUUUGAAGACGAUGACGGAUGUACAAGUUCAAACCAUCAACGAGAGUAUUCAGGGGACAGACAUGAUUGCGCAAGCGAAGACUGGCACAGGUAAAACUGUAGCCUUCCUUCUCCCCGUCAUUCAUAGAAUCCUUCAAGACCCUACGCUGGGCAACCUACGAAGGAAAUUUGCGUCCACCCAGGAUAUUCGUGCUGUGGUUAUUUCUCCUACUCGCGAACUUGCUGAACAGAUUGCUGUUGAGGCUCAAAAGAUCACCCGCGGCUCUGGCCUCAAGGUGCAAACGGCAGUAGGAGGAACAAGGAAACGAGAAGGGUUAAUGAGACUUCAGAGAGAAGGGUGCCAUAUCUUGGUUGGAACUCCAGGUCGUCUUAUGGACCUCUUCUCUGACCCUACCAGUGGAGUUUCUGCUCCUAAAUUGCAAGCCUUCGUCCUCGAUGAAGCGGAUCGACUUCUCGACAUUGGAUUCGCACCUGAUAUCGAGCGCAUUCAAUCCUUCUUCCCAAGUCGUUCGCAGGUUGACCGACAAACACUCAUGUUCUCUGCGACCAUCCCAAAUUCAGUAAAGGGCCUCGCCAGGGAGAUGCUGAAGCCCGAUUUCACAUUUAUUAACACCGUUGGCGACGAGACGCCAACGCACUUGAAGGUCCCCCAGAGGGCUGUCUUUUUGAGAGGCUUCGAGAAUCAACUCCCUGCUCUCUUUGAAAUUGCUAAAAGAGCUGUCCAGACUCAUGCUGCAAAUCCAGAAACCGCAAUGCCGUUCAAAGCCGUAGUUUACUACGGAUCCACUGCAGAAGUGAGCGUCGCUCGUCGUGCUUUCAACGCGCUGUGCAGAGAUUUGGAGAGCCUGUACCCCGGACGCUCCCCACGCAUUCAAACUAUCGAGAUGCACUCUCGACUAACACAGGCGCAAAGGACAUUCAACUCUGAUUCUUUCCGCCGUGCUACGACUGGAAUCCUCUUCUCAUCUGAUGUCACUGCCCGUGGCAUGGAUUUUCCAAAUGUGUCUCAUGUAAUCCAAAUGGGCGUUCCUAACGACAAAGAUACUUACAUCCACCGUCUUGGACGCACAGCUCGAGCCGACAAAACCGGAGAAGGCUGGAUCCUCUUCCCGGACAUUGAAUUCGACACAUUUGGCGACAAACUCCGAAGCCUUCCCAUCGAAGAGGACGCCUCCUUGGAUUUUGCAAGCGCAGACUUGACCAACCCACCGCAACUUAGUGAAUCUAUUGCCUUAGUGUAUGAUACCCUUUCGAAACAAUUUACCAGGAUUAAUGAUGAAGAUAAAUUGAAGGCGUAUCGCGCCAUGAACAACCAGAUGUCGAAGUAUGAUAAACGGGAAGCCCGCCGCCUUCUUCAUCAGCUUGCUACCACUGUUUGGGGCUACCAAGAGCCUCCAUACUUGCCAGAGCCAUCACCCUCUCGCUUCGGAGGCCGAUCUAGCCGUGGCCAGAGGGGUGGCAGUUACGGUGGAUUCUCUGAUCGAAGAGGUCAACCAUCGUAUGGUGGACGAUCAUCAUAUGGCGGCCAAUCCUCUUACGGUGGCCGCGGAGGGUCCAGGGGAUCCUACGAUUCCGGCAGAAGUAGAGGAUUUGACCGCCAUGGGUCCCAAGGUGAUAGACGUCGGAGUCUAUGGGAGUGA